CUUCAAAAUCCGCAAAACCCUAAUCCCGAUCGUGAUUCAGGGUUCGCCGAAUUUCACUGAAUCCUGAUGAAAUCGACCUGAUCUCCUCGUCAAUGGAUUUCUCCGAAUUGGAAGCGAUCGAGGGUUUGCGUUGGUCGUGGCACUCAUGGCCGGUUUCCAAGGCCGAGGUUUCAUCUCUGGUUGUCCCACUGUCAAUUCUCUGCACUCCAUUAACGCCGUUCACCGAGCUUCCCAUCCUCCCCUACGAACCCCUCAAUUGCUCCAAUUGCGCCGCCGUGUUGAACCCUUACUCCCGCGUCGAUUACGCAUCCAAAAUAUGGAUCUGCGCCUUCUGCCCCCGGAAGAAUCCCUUUCCGAAAUCGUACGCUCACAUCAACGAGAACAGUAUCCCGGCGGAGCUUUUCCCCACUUACAGCACCGUUGAAUACCAUUCGAGUCCCGGGCCGGGUUUAGAAUCGGGCCCCAGGAGGAGCGCGAGUGGGCCGUUGGGGUUGAGGUCGAACAGUAGUUCUUUCUCGAGUGUGUCUGGCUAUUCUGGCUCGGGGUUAGGUCUGGAUUGGGCUGCGUUUGGAGUUGGAAUCGGACCGGCAUUUGUGUUCGUUGUGGAUGCUUGCACGUCGGAGGAGGAGCUUGGGGUGCUGAAGAAGGAGCUGCUACGGACGGUUGCGCGAUUGCCGGAAAAUGCUUUGGUUGGUUUGGUGGUGUUUGACGCAAUGGUGAAGGUGUAUGAUUUGGGAUUCACAGAGUGUUUGAGGGUUGUGCUGUUUCACGGAGAGCGUGAGGUUUCAUCUGAGCAGGUCAAACAGCUUCUGGGGCUCCACCCUACAAAGCAAACUCUCGGAAAGUCAUCAGCUCUACAAAACCAAGGCUUCCUAUUGCCAGUGUCGGAAUGUGAGUUCAACAUCAUUACGGCCAUCGAAGACAUCCACUCUUCACCUUCUGUAAAUCCAGGACACCGCCCUCUACGCUGUACAGGUGUUGCGAUAUCAGUGGCCGUAGGUCUUCUAGAAGGAUGCUCCGUAAACACUGGCUCUCGUGUAAUGGUCUUCACGUCGGGACCCGCAACUGUGGGCCCGGGCAUGAUUGUCAACUCGGAUCUUGACAACUCCAUAAGAACUCAUCGAGACCUCAAUAACGGUCACACCUCGUACUACAAAAAAUCCAGCGAAUUUUACAGGCGAAUUUCUCAACGAAUAUCCGAAUCAUCCAUCGUUCUUGAUCUGUUCGCCUGCUCUCUGGAUCAGGUUGGAGCAGCCGAGUUAAAAAAUCCCGUAGAAAGUUCCGGAGGUUUCAUGAUGUUAGGGGAAUCUUUCGAAUCCGAGCAGUUCAAAAAGUGCUUGAGCCACAUGUUCGAAUGUGACAAAGAUGGGAAUUUAAAAAUGUUUUUCGAUGCAACUAUAGAGGUAGUAACAACCCAUGACUUAAAAGUAUGUGGGGCCCUCGGUCCUUGCUUCUCUCUACACAAGAAGAACGAUUUUGUGAGCGACAAAGCAAUUGGAGAAGGUGGGACCCACGUAUGGAAGCUCUGCACAGUCAGCACCAAAACAUGCAUCGCCUUCUUCUUCGAAGCUGCGAAAGACCCGAAAACACACGACAGCUCAGCAUUCUUUAUACAGUUCAUUACACGGUACAGAGACAGCAACAUGGGAUUAAGGAAGAGGGUGACCACAGUUGCGAGAAGAUGGGUGGGGAAAAACUCGCCGGAGAUUCUCUCAGGGUUCGAUCAAGAAGCGGCUGCGGCGGUUAUGGCGAAGCUUUCGAUCCACAAGAUGGAAAAGAGUCUCGCCGAUGAUGUUAUCAGAUGGCUGGAUAAGUCUCUGAUAAGCUUCGCUUCUAAAUUCGGGGAUUACGUGCAAGAAGAUCCAUCGACUUUCCGUUUAAAGACAAACUUUUCGUUGUACCCUCAGUUUAUGUAUUACCUGAGGAGGUCACAAUUCAUGGAUGUCUUCAAUAGUAGCCCCGACGAAACUGCUUACUUUCGUUUAAUGCUGAAUCGUGAGGGGGUCAUAAAUUCCCUUAUCAUGGUCCAGCCCACACUGUUUCAAUACUCGUUCGACGGGCCCCCCAUUCCUGUAGUGCUAGAUGUGCGCUCGAUUUCUCCAGACGUGAUUCUGCUUUUCGAUUCUUUCUUUUACGUUGUGAUUCACUAUGGUUCGAAGAUUGCACAGUGGAGGAAGCUGGGGUACGAUAGGGACCCUAGUUAUGGAAGUUUCAAGAACCUUCUGGAAGCUUCCGAGCUCGAUGCUGAGCAAUUGGUAUCUGAGCGGGUCCCGGUUCCGAAAUUCGUGAAGUGCGAUCAGCAUAGUAGCCAGGCGAGGUUUCUUCUUGCGAAAUUGAAUCCGUCUGUGACUCAGAAUUCGACUUACGCGGAAGGUUCCGAGAUUAUAUUCACUGAUGAUGUCAGCUUGCAAGAUUUUAUUGAGCAUUUGCAGACUUUGGCUGUGCAGGGUUAAAUCUGUUCUUGUACAGAGGACAUGGUUUGAUUAAUGUAAGGGUGAAUAAUUUUUUUGUUGUAACUUGUAACAGUAUAUUUGGAGUGUAUAGUGAAUGAACAAGUGUUCAAUUUUUGCCAUUA